AUGUUCGAUGAAGCAAAUGAACGUAGCCCAACAGGACAUAUCACUACUAAUCCUGAAGAUUUGCUUGCUCGUCGUUACAGACGAGGGAACUCUGAAUCAGUUCGACAUCUCUCGGUACGAGUUCGUGUUGCGGAAGAGGAAAUUAAAAAGUACAAAAUACAAAAUGAGACUUUAAAGAAGACUGUCACAAAAGUGAGCAAAGAAUUAUGUGAUAAGCAAUGUGAGGUGGAGAGCUUACGAAAGAUGUUCGAACAGCAAGUUGAUGAUCUUCAAUAUCAAUUGUCAAAGAAGGAACGUGAGAAUAAACAAAGCAAAUUCGAGACCGUAAUAUCGCUUUUACAAAGUACUGCAGAUCCUCUAAAGACAUAUGAACCUCCAUUUUCAUUUCUUGAUGAACCGAAACUGGAGACAGCGAAUGCAGAAGCGCAAACAGAUGAUUGGAUGUUGCGGUCCAUAAAGAAGACAGUUUAUGCAGACAACCGAAUCGUCCCGACUGCUGGACCAAGCUUAAUUGUGGAACUUCCGGCUGAUAAUGAAAAUAGUGAUGCUGAGAGAUAUGAAAAAAUGGCAGAAGAAAUUGCAAAAUUGGAGAAUGAAAAAUUUUUUCUGAAUACACAGUUGAAAUUAACCAGAAACAAACUGGAAAAUCUCGAAUUGCAAGAAGCGCAAAAAACGAGUUUGGAAAAUCGAUUGGUAAUCCUGACCGAAAUGAAUGAUUGUCUGGUCAAAGAGAAUGAACGUAUUAAAGAGAUAACUGCAUCAAAAAUGGUUGCUGACGGUGGCACGAUGGAAGAGAAGCGCAGAAUUAUUGAUUUAACCUUAAAGUGUCAAACGAAAUUGGAUGAGAUACAGGCGGAAUUGGAUUGGAAGUCGCAGAAGUUGCAAGAGCAAUUGCAAAUCAAUCAAAUUUUGUCAACGAAUUUGGAAAAUAUGAAAGAUAAACUAAAUGCCGAGAAUGGCGAGGACGCAGGCAUGAUUCAAAAUGACGUGGAAGUUUUAAAAAGAUAUGAAAGUGAAAUCAGUGAACUAAAGAAGAAACUUGCUCAAUACGAAGAAUUGCUGGAUCCAUCUAUCAAAAUUUUACACAUGAAGAUGAAUCCUCUGCAUACAGCAUAUCACGAAUAUAAAGAAUUUCAAACAAAUAAAAAGCGCAAAUUGAACGAAUCUUUAUCAUUUUUGAAUGAAGAUAACGAUAAUUUGAUCGCUACAUUGCGGAAAAAGCAGCGUGUCGAGAUGACAAAACAAUUAGCAGAUUUGCAAUUCCAAUUACAUAAAGCAGAAAAAGAAAAAGAAAGAGCACUAAAAAUACAAAGUAAUUUAGUCAAGAAAUAUCGUGCUUUCGUGACUGCUCUUUCUGGAUUACAAAUAAAAAUGAAAGAGGAUGAUUUGGUGCAAGUUGAAAGCAUUUUUGAUCCUGGAAAUUAUUUUAUUUUCAAGGUACUCGAUUAUGGAAAAACGAUUAGUUUAUUGGAAACAGAUUAUGCAACGCGAUGGACAGCGCAAAUCCAUGAAUAUCUACAAGGGAGAAAUUCAAUUCCUGCUUUUUUAGCAGCAAUUACUUUGAUACUUGAUGAACGGGCCGAAAGUACAACUUCCGUGUCUUUUUAUCAGUCUGAUUAA